AUGAAGCUUUCGGCCGAUGGCAGCUUCGGAUCUACAGUUGUCUUUGCUGCCAGCCCGCUGUGGACGACCGUUCCAAGUUUCAACCUCGAGCUCACGGAGAACACCUCGGCAGCGCACUUGUCGCAGAACCUCAUCCCCACUGUUCGAGAUCUAGUUCCGGGCGAGUUGUGCGCAUUAUUCCGCAUCGAUUCGACGUUGACUGCCCAGAGCACUGCGGCAUUAAUUGCCUUUAAGCCUAUGUCGGCUAGGGUCUCUAGCUUGAGCGUAGUCCUGGACCAAAAUGGCCCAACGACCGAAACAGCUUUAUCAGGACGUCAAGUUAACUUUAGCCGGCACUGA